AUGGUCUCCGCCGGCUACAGCAAGGAGUGCGUCAAAGUCUAUAAGCUCCUCCGCAAGUCCGUCGUCGACGAGGGACUCCGGCGACUCGAGUUCGACCAGAUCGCCCCAAAUUCGCAUAUUCACAAGCUGGACUGGGCGGCGCUCGAGAUCAAAAUCCGAUCAUGGCUCCUCGCCGCUAGCGCCGCCGUCUCCAUUCUGUUUUCCGGCGAGCGGAUUCUCUUGGAUCACGUCUUCGCCGGCCGCGACUCCAUCCGCGAGUCUAUCUUCGGCGACAUUUCCGGCGAUUCCGCUGCUCAAUUCCUCCGGUUCCCAGAGGCGGUGGCGAAAUCGAAGCGGUCGAUGGAGAAGAUGACUCUGCUUCUGGACCUCUACGACACCGUCUCCGAGCUGCUGCUGGAGGUGGACUCCGUGUUCUCUUUUGAGUCUACGGCGCCCGUCCGGGAUCAGGCCCUCGCUUCGCUCUCCAAGCGAGGCGAGGCGAUACGCACCACCAUCACCGACUUCGAAGCGGCACUCCAGACAGAGCACUUAACGUCUCCGUUGCCCGGCGGCGGAGUCCACCCGCUCACGCGUCGAACGAUGGAGUACAUCGCCGUGCUCGCGGACUACGAACCCACACUAACCAAGAUCUUCGACGGCUCUCACACGGCAGUGUCGUUGUCGCCGUCGAUUGGCGAGCACGGGGAACGAUUGGAGGUAGCCAGGCUGUUGGCGUGGCUGAUGCUGGCGCUGCUCUGCAAACUCGAUGCGAAGGCUGUGACGUACCGGGAUGCCGCCCUGUCGCACCUCUUCCUCGCGAACAACUUCCAAUACGUGUCGAACAGGGCGCAGGCGUGCUCGCUGAGGGAGGAGUGGGCGGCCCGGCAGGCGGCAAAAGCGAGGUAUCACGCUGAGAGGUACGAGCAGGCAGCGUGGGUGAAGGUGGCGUCGGCUGUUCCGGCGAGGGAGGUGUCGCCGGAGGAAGCGCGGGAGCGGCUGCGGUUGUUCAGCGCGGAGCUGGAGGCGGCGCUCGCCUCUCAGGCUGGGUGGGUGGUGGAGGACACCGGGAUGAGAGAGGAAGUGCGCGAUGCGGUCCGCGGGAUGGUUCUUCCGGCGUACCGGAGCUUCUACGAGAGUUGGAAGGCGACGCCGGCGGUGGCGUCGGUGGCUAGGUUCUCGCCGAAGGAUGUCGGCGUCCUGAUAGCGGAGCUCUUUGCCAGGUCGGACCACGGACCCGGUCCGGAUUCUAAUUCGGGUUAUCGGAUUGAGCACAACACCAACUCCUCCCGGUUGCGCUGUUCUCGGUCUAUUUAA